ACUGACCCAGGUCUCGUAUCAGUCUCUGUCUGUUUUGGACUCUAACCCUGAUCCAGGACCUUUUCUCAGUGUUUGACUCUGAUCCAGAACCUGGUGUUGUUUUGCACACUGAUCCAGGGCCGGGUUUUUGGACCCUGAGCCAGGACCUGAUGCUUGGACCCUGAUCCAGGACCAGGUCUCAGGAUGCCCUGGCUUCUGUCCCCUCAGGACCUCGUCUCUCCGUCUGAGCGGCAGUGCGAGCGCAGCGCGUUCUCGUUCUACCGCGCGGUGAGGGAGCGGCAGCCGGUGUGGCGGCUGGAGGACACGCGCAGCAUGGACGUGUUCAGCUGGGAAGACGGACGCCCACGCGCCUUCCUGCCGUCGGAGGCGCUGUUGUACGCACUCGUGCACGACCACCGGGACUACGCACGUUACCUACUUAACAGGUUCACGGUGAGCGCGCUCAGAGCACCGCGAUGCAGUUUCUGCUGCCGCCGCCGCAGCGGCACACCACACCUGAGCAUGGCGGUGCGGUACGACCGCGUGUCGAUCCUCAGCGCGAUGGUGGAGACGCUUAAGCGUUGCGGCACGCAAGCAGAGCGGCGGGAGCUUCUGGACGGAUGCAGCAGCUGCGUGCACGUCACGGACGCGGGAAAGAGCGCAGUGCAGCUCGCGGUGGAGCUGUCGCGCGCGGACUGUCUGCUGCUGCUGCUCGUUCACGGCGCGCGGCCUCACGGACUCGAUGUCGCGCUGCAGGUGCUCGUGUCCUGCGACGCGCAGCGAAGCGACGCGCAGCGCUGCCUCGAGCUGCUGCUCCUGUUCCUGCCCAACGCGACGCCGCCGCGCUGCCUGCAGGAGGAGCCGCAGCGCUGGCAAAGCCUUCUGGGAAAUGAAGUCUUCGGAUGGCUGCGCGGGGUGGCUCCGCCCCCCCUCCUGCUGCAGGCUCUGCGGUGCUUGGCCCGGUUCGGCCCGGAUCAGAUCAGCACGCUGCCCCCCCUCCUCCAGCCCCACAGCUGGCGGUGACGUCGUCUGUCACCAUGGAGAUUGUGCACACCUCAGGACUGCUGUGAUUGGAUAGCUUGUUGAUGACUUUGUCUCACAGAUGUUAACAAGGAUCAACUUCCUGUUCUUAACUCAACACGAGUCAAACAGAAACUUAGUGAUCAGUGAUGAAGAUCAGUCCCAUGAGAGGAUCCUCUCCCAGGACACACACAGGUGCUGAUGGAACUGAACACAUCAACACAACAGGAUUCACUACAUGAGAAGAACCAGUUUGUAACUUCAUGUUCAAAGUGUUGAUACAUCAUGUGUGAUGGAGCUGAAGCAGCAGAUGAACUGAGGGGUUCCUGAUGGUAGAAGAUGUGAGCAGACAUGUUGUGUAUCAAGACGUCAUGUUGUGAUCAGUCCACCACAGAUGCCACCGGGAUCAUUGAUAAAUGAGGAUUGGUUAUCGAUCGCUCUCUGGAACAUAAACCUCUCAAACCGAACUUGGCAGAAGCUGAACUGAGUCGGCCAUGACAGAUGACCCUCUUGUUUUAACCCCAGGUUUCAGCCUGGUUAUUUUUUCCCGAACGGUCACUGAUUGGUUGUUGUCAUUAUGAUGAUGUCACCAGUCAAUGUGCACGUGUGAGCACUGCGCUCGUCAAACCUGGAGUUACGAGGUUAUAACCUGAUGCUCGAUUUAAUUUGAUCCCAAAGUUUCCUCAGUUCAGUUUUAUUGAUGAACUGUUUGUGAUCAAUAAUAAUCAGUUUCGACCUGAGAGAAAUGUGUAACUUAUUGAUCAUAGUGAUCACGACGGGUACCAUGUGAUCUGUUUCUCUUCUCUGUGAAUCGUUAACACCUGGGUGUACCUGCAGGCCUCAUGACAUCACAUCCAGUUUUGAGCCAAUCAGUGAUCGGUUUGAAAAGGACACCGCAAAAUAAACAUUUCUUACAAGUUACGUCUGUUGCUGUGGGAGGAGCUACCACAGGAAAUGAUCCCCCAUUUAAGGAAAACAAAGAAGCUGCCUUGUCUGCGACCGCAGUGUUGUAAUGACCUUCGACAUAAACACACAAAAAGUUAGAAAAACUGAUGACUUCUGUCAAAUAUGAUUCAGGGGAAACUUGGUAACCGUCUUCUUCUUCUACUGUUUGUGUUUCAUUGUAAAAUCAUUGACGUUAUUUAUUAAAAUACAUUUGAAAAGAUUAAAAUGAUCCCAAAUGUU